CAAAAAAAGCACUCAAACCACUACUUUCGCAGUACUCUUUCUGCCAGCCUUGCACAUCAUCAUCCCCACUUCCACCUCCCCAAAUUCAGACCCGUUUCCGCCUCUCUUUCUCUCUCUCUCUCUCUCUAGAUCACCGCCACUUUCUCUCUCUAAUUCUCCCACCCCUUCUCUCUUUCUAACCCAAAUCCACAGCUACAGUCCACAUUCAUCCACAACCUUCAACACAAAUCUCAAAGAAAAGAACAAAAUUCAAUUAAUCAGAAAUGGAUGAAGACGACGGAGGAGGAGAGGAGUAUCUGUUCAAGGUGGUGAUAAUCGGAGACUCAGCAGUGGGCAAGUCCAACCUCCUCUCUCGCUACGCACGGAACGAGUUCAACGCCCACUCCAAGGCCACCAUCGGAGUGGAGUUCCAGACCCAGAGCAUGGACAUCGACGGCAAGGAAGUCAAGGCCCAGAUUUGGGACACCGCCGGCCAAGAGCGCUUCCGCGCCGUCACCUCCGCCUACUACCGCGGCGCCGUCGGUGCCCUCAUUGUCUACGAUAUCAGCCGCCGUACCACCUUCGAUAGCAUCGGCCGGUGGCUCGAUGAGCUCAAGACUCAUUCUGAUACAACUGUGGCGAUGAUGCUGGUGGGGAACAAAUGUGAUUUGGAGAAUAUCAGGGCUGUGAGUGUGGAGGAAGGCAAGGCCCUUGCAGAAGCAGAAGGAUUGUUCUUUAUGGAGACAUCUGCCCUGGAUUCAACAAAUGUCAAAAAGGCCUUCGAGAUAGUUAUUCGGGAGAUUUACAACAACGUCAGCAGGAAGGUCUUGAACUCUGACUCUUACAAAGCAGAAUUAUCAGUCAACAGGGUAAGCCUUGUUAAUAAUGGUACUGAUGGAUCCAAGCAAACUCAGAGCCACUAUCCUUGCUGUUCCAGGUGACUAAUUUCCAAUGGUUCCGCAAUUGUGUACAAUUUGAGUUUUUUUUUUUUUUUUUGGAGGUUGGUUUGUUAAUUUGAUUUGGUUUGUUCUUUUAUUUGUUUUUUGAUGGAUAUUGUGGAGGGGUUUUAUAGUUACAAAUAAGAUAAUAUAGUGUCUUGUGAAAUUAGAAAUUCAAUAUUUGUCAUUUAUUCAAAGGAAAUAUUUGAAAUGAAGUUUUCUAGUUCUUGAUACCAGUAAGAUGUAAGGGCACAUUAUUUUGUUGUGAUUAUAUAAUUAUUUGCUUUAUUGUUUUAAAAA